AUGACGACACUACUACUUGUUGGCCGCGCAGGUAACGGCAAAAGUUCUGUUAGUAAUUCAAUACUUGGAACAAUAAGUGCGAAACAACUGGUGGAGGUAGGCUAUGAGGUUCAAAAUUUAAAAAAGCUUGGAGCUGAAAUUGGCGCAAAACUCGGAGCAAGACUUGGGGAACAACUUGUGGAAAUCAAUGAUUUUUGUCCUGAUGGGACAAGGGAGAGGACAUUGUUGCACGACUUUGUGGAACAGUUUCAAAAAGAACUAAGAAUGCACAAUAAACGGUUCGUAGUAAAGGACACAUCAGCAAAGGCAAUAUUGCAAAAUAUAAUCAGAAGAAAUAAACAGUUCGCUGUUGUGGACUGUUCCGGUAUAGGGGACACUGGAUUUGAUAUGGCGGGUGACAUUAAAGAG